UCCAACAUAUGACUAUCCAAAAUCUGUUGCGAUACUUUCCCUCCUCCUUUAUGUGCUUAUGAGUUUUGGGCAUUGGACUUUGUUGAAGAAAAAAUUCCAAGCUUCUGAAUUCAAAAUAGCUAUUAUUUUUUAGAAAAAAUAUAAUUUCUGAUAAAUCUCUACUAGAGAAUUUUUUAUGUCAUGCAUAGAUUUUGCCAAAAAGAGAAAAUACCUGGUUGUUCUACAAACAAGUUGUUUGUCUUCUUCAGGUAAACUUGUUAUUGUAUCAUACACUUGUAGUGUUUGAAAUGAAGAGUUAUAUGAAAAAAUAUGAUUUGCUCUGUGGGAGUGGCUGUUAAUGUUCUAGUGUUCAUGAUUGUUUAAUUAUAUACCGGAAUAUGACACUAGCGUAUAUUUAUCCAUUAAGUACCAUGACGCAAUUAUUUUUUAUUAUGCGUUAUAUAAUGCUAUAACUAUGCUGACUUCUCAUGAAUAUAAUGAAGUUGUGGAGGCAUAGCAAAGUAGGUAUUACCCUUAUGUAUGUGAUAGAUAUACAAAUUAAAAUAUGUCCAGUAAAAGAAAAUAUUAUCUGCCCAACACAAGAAAAGAUAUUUCACUUUUUUGUGGUUUUACAACAUGGGGUCUAUGGGGAAUCUCCCUGACCUAAAGUCACAUUUUCAAAGAAAAUUAAAUUUUCAAAGUUGAUAAACUCUUUUCAAAAACACAAUGUAAUUUUACAUGAAUAUUCCAAAUAUGACAUCAGCUUGACUGUAUUUUGAAUUUUUAAUGACGUAAAUCAAGAUUAUUUCUACUCGCAUAUAGGAUAUUCUAUUUAUUAAGCUUAUUAUUGAUAUUUGGGAAGGAAUAUAUAUGGUUUUUAUCCCCAGGAAAAUAUCACAUUGGCCUAUAAAAUAUCAAGGCUAAGAGUCCUCGGUUAAUAUGCUAUUUUUCUUGGCCAUUAACAUAUUGUACAUAAGAUAAAAUCAUAUUCCUUCCUUUUUAAUGGAUAACCUCAGUCUGUUGUACAUUUGUGUCCUUGUCACAUGAAAUAUUCAAAGUUUAAGAAAUCUUUGGAAAUAUCCCUCAAUAAUUUGAGAAACCAUUUUGUUCGAUUGGAUUGUCUGCUCAAGGGUGUUUCUGUUAGUCAUUUCCUGAUCAUAAAUGAUGCUGAGUGGAAUGACAUAGAAAUUGAUACACAAGUAUUACAUAAAUUAAUACGCAAAUCAGAGAACAAAUUGGUCAUACAUUCUUUCUGCUUGAGAAAGAAAGCAUACAGUCUAAAAAAACAUAAUGUGGAUCAAAAUAUUUAUGCUCUGGCUUAUAAUGAGUAAAGAUUUUGUUUCAAUGGAAGAUGCUAAGAACUUAACAAUGCUAGACAGUUCACAAAGGAUUUUUAUCCCAUCUGAAGAAUUGAUGAAUCCUACGGAAAUGUAUUUAGAUACCAGUACUUUCACGGAGUUCAAAAGUACUGCAACAAUGCCAAGUGAUUCGGCUGAAACUGCAACGUUUAAUCAAUCAUCUACAAACGCGUCAUUUAUUUUAGAAGGAUUGCGACCCAAGGUAGGAGUAACGGAGAUGUUAGUUCACACAGUUUUAGAAUUCUUUAUUGCGCUGGUUAUGUGUUUGGGAAACAUUGUUGUUCUUCUUGCUGUAUGGCAUCAUAGAAGUCUACACACUGUGACAAAUAUAUUCAUCGUGAGUCUGAGCGUAUCCGACCUCUGUAUGGGUUUAUUUGCCAGUCCUCUGUCAAUCAUCGAUAACUACAUCACUCCAUUGAUAUAUGGCAGCCAUGUGCAGAAUAAAUGGUUGUGUGCAUUCAAGAUCUUCUGCCUGGCUAUAUCUGGUGGAGGCAGCCUGCUGAGUCUGUUUGGAAUUGCAGUUGAUCGCUACAUCGCUGUAAUGCACCCGAUGAAAUACCAUACGAUGAUGACACACACUCGGGUUGGCGUUUUACUGGGCUGUAUGUGGCUAAUAUGCUUUUCUUCCUCUGUUAUUAUCUUCGCUCCGGAUGUUAUGAUGUUUAAACCACAAGAUUUGUGUCGUACUGAUGAGGUCCUAAAUGAAACAUAUGCAAACUUCAUGAAAGUUAUUGUUGGGAUUUUUUUCAUUUUAACCUCAUCGCUGCAUAUCAUGGUGUCCUUGGUAGCUUGGAAACACCGCAAGAGAAUCGCAUCCGAGUUGGCAGUCUUUAACAACAACAUGGCUGUGGCAUAUCGCAAGGAAAAUCGGAUCACAAAGACAAUAUUCCUAGUUAUGGUUAUUUUCGUGCUUUUUUGGCUUCCAUGGCUUGCUUUAUAUAGCAUUAAUCUGGAGGUGGAGCCAGCUUGGUUCACAUCUUUAAAGCAUGCAACUGUUGCACUUUACGUGGCAAACAGUGCAGUGAACCCAUGGAUCUAUGCGUAUAGGUCUAAAGGGAUGCGACAGGCAAUGUUGAACAUCAUCAAAUGUAAAUGGAAUAGUCCAAUCAACCUAGAAUAAACACUUCUUAAACAAGUGGAUGAAUAUGAAUAUCUUGGUUGUGUAUUAAUUAAGUGUUAAGCCAUAAUAACUAGUUUGAUAAAAAUUCCAACCAUUUGAAAGAACAAGCAAGAAAGGCCUAUUUCAAGAUAAAACAACAAUAUAUUAAAUUUAAUGAUAUCCCAGUUAGUAUCACUUUGCAUUUGUUUGAUACACUAAUUUUGCCGGUUCUCAAUUAUUGUUCUGAGAUAUGGCUAGAUCAUAAACAAAUGAAGUUUAUUGAAACAAUCCAUCUUAAGUUUUUAAAAUCAGUCUUAUGUGUAAAGCCUUAGACAUCAACACAUGUAGUAUAUA